AAACAAAAACUAUUUAUUUUUAUGAUUCGCAAAUUCCUUUUGCGUACUCAAAGACAAUGUGAAUAGAGCGCCAGCAGCAGCUGCAUGAAAUGGCAAUACACUUAGAAAAGCGCAAUGAAUUAUUGACAUAGGCAUAGACUGCGCCAUUUAUCAAAAAAAGCGGUGAUUAAUCAGCAUCCGGCCAUCCCGUUCGCUCUCACGCCCGCUCUCUCGCUCUUUCUGUCUCCCACUAUCUGACGACAUUCCCGGAUGCAUUGGAAGGCAAACAGGACGUGAGCAGAGCGAAUAAAACAGUUAUACAUAAAAGUAAAAUUGCUCAGCGCCGUCAUGUCGACGGAAUCGGAGUUCCUCGAGGCCCAUGAGAAGAUUAAGCUCUCCCACAAGGCAGCCAUGGCACAAGUGGAGCUGGCCAUCAGUCACGAGGAGUCGGAAUCCCUGACAGCUGCCAUUGGCGCCUACGAGCUGGCACUACAGAUGAUCGAGGAGACAUUCGCCAUACCCGUGGGCCUGCCCGAUGAGAUCGAUGCGGUGCAGGAGCAGUGGAACGAUGCCUGUGCCAUCAUACAGAAACUAAAGAGCGCCAAGACGGAGGUCAGCUAUCGCCUGAAGGUGCUCGGCGCCAAGCAGUCGCCCAUCGAUGAGGGCGCCAUGGAGGCACACGAGCACGAGCAAGCGGAUGGACCGAUGGCCAGCAAGCGACCACUGCUGGCGGAGAAUCCAGCGACAUUCUACGAUGUGGCCAAUGCCAGUGGCCAGCCCAAAACUUACAGGGAGUUGGCUGUGGGACUGCGUCAACUGCUAGCCAGCCACGAUGCCGAGGCGCAGCUGGAUGAACUGUUCCAGGCGCAGGUGAAGCUCUAUCGCAUCGAAGCCAGUGGCCAGGUGAUCACCCUGACGGGCAGCACCAAAAUGUCGCUAAUAAUGUGCACCGUUGGCGGCAAAUGGAAAUAUUUGAGCGGCAUUUACUUUAUCCAAUGCGAUAUGCAGCAACACCAACCGGAUCCGGAUCGGGAUCGGGAUCAGGAUCAGGAUCAGGAUCAGUCAACCGUCUGGCUAUAUCCGCUGGUACCCAGUGUAUCCCAUUGCUAUCGCACCGAAUACGGCGCCUUCAUAUUGCCGGACAUGGAAUCAGUGCAGCCGGGGAAUGCCUUUGGCAUAAUGCUGAUGCAGCCAGAGCGUCCGCUGAGCACGAGCGCCGGGGAAACGGAGGAGGAGCAAAUGGCUGAUUUGCAACAAUUCUUUCUCGAUCUGCUCGAGGCCGUGCUGGCGGACACUGUGGAGCAGCUGCAAUCGCCGCGCACACGACGCGCUGACGGCCUCUCGGAUGCGACCACCAGUUCCGAGCAGGUCUCCAAGCACAUUGUGUGCGCAGCGGAUUUCAUAGCGCGCAAUCUGGUCAAAGGUGCCGAGAAGACCGGUGGCCUAAUGAUGAAAUCAACGCCCUAUCUAAUCUCAAAAAUGACACCAGCUGCCCCCGAUGGCCAGACCCAGGUGCCCAGUUCGGUGCAAACGGGCGUUGAGGUUGCCCAAAAGGUCACGCAUGCCGCGGCCGGAGUGACCGGAUGGAUAGCUGGCAAGGUGGGCACCGCUGCGAUGGCUGUGGGUGGCUACUUGGCACCGCAUGUCCAGACCCAAGGCUCGCGGCUGCUGCAAAAGGGCUUUGGCUACGACAGCAGCCAGGCAAAUAGCGCCAUGGAGGGCGCCAUGACAAUUGCCGCCGGUGCCGUUGAGGGUUUCAGCACCGUCUUCGAUGGCCUGGAAACAUCCGCCAAAAUAUUGGGCAACAGUUUGAGUGAGAAUUCGGUUAAAAUCAUUGAACAUAAAUACGGUUCUCCAGCUGGCAAUUUGGCCAGCGGCACUUUUGAUACUGUUGGCAAUGCGUUUAUCAUUAGCAAUAAUGUCAACUAUAUUACACCAAAGGGACUGGCCAAGAAGCUGGUUAAGAAAACGGGCCAAGCUGUCGUCGUUGGCUCUAAGCGUGAUUUGCGCAAACCUGAAUCUCAUUAUAUAAAUGCAGGCGCACUUUAUCCGGACUUGCGAGCCCUCAAGGAAUAGGCCACAAUGUUCGGAAUUUGCAUUGAAAUACUUUCCAAAUAAUUUUGUUGAUAUUUUGUAGAGAAUCUCGGCUAGUUUUAGUUAGUUCGUAUAUUGUUUAGCUUUCCAUUGAAUUUAUUGAUAUUUAUAUGUUAGUUCAGCUAGACCCCGAAACUUAUAAUUAAUGCUCUUCGUUUAGUAAUUAAUAAAUAGAUAAAACAGAAA